AUGGCACAUAUCCACAAUCUCCCUACCGAGAUCCUAGGGGAGAUAUUCCUCCGUUGUUUACCUGAAAGGCCCAGGGAAGAAAGCCAACCUAAUACCAAAAUCGCCCCGAUCCUCCUCUGUCAUGUAUGUUCAGAAUGGCGGAUCACUGCCCUUCGGCUCCCAAAACUCUGGGCCCGUCUCUGCAUGAAGUCAACGUUCAAGGUCCUCUAUCCCAUCUAUAACCACUGGAAGAAGGAGGAAUAUAGCCACAUGAAAUACCCUAUCUACGAAGAGCUGCCCAUGGAUCCAUGCACACUCGAAUUCCUGGCGUGGUGGAAGGACAACGCAUGUUCAGUUCCGAUUGACCUCUAUCUCGACAAAAUCAAGGAAGAGCGUGUAGAGUACGACGUCGAAGAAGAUGGGACAAUCCUAGAUGGAACCCCUCCAGGACCCGAGACCGUGAAUGCCCUCGAAUUCGCCCUGGGCGGGUUGCCUUCCAUUAGACAUUUUGAAAUGGCUAUCAAUCGACACGCAAUGGAGGUACUCUGCAAGGCAGCUACGCAAACAACUUUCGAGCGCCUCGAAUCACUCGCUGUGCACCAGUACUUCCACAUAGGGAUCACAUCCCGAACAAAAUUUGUUUUUGCCUUCCCACCUGCCCCUCGUCUCCGUCGCCUCGCUCUCACGAGUUACGUGAACACCCCCUCGUUUUGCUGGGGCCAGCUCACCCAUCUAUGCAUCUUGUGCCCGAUCGAACAAAGCAAUUGGCUUGAGGUGUUAACGAACUGCGAAAACUUGUUAUCCGGCGUCUUUUACCUGUUUGAGGACAAGUCAGAUGCGGGUGAACCAGUGACCCCGUCAACUAUCAUGCACUCAAAGCUUCGCCAACUGGUCGUCAUUCCUAGCGCGACGUUCCGCUGGGUCUCAUUCCCAGGUCUAAAGGCCCUUAGAAUACUGGAAAACGAGCAAAUCUGCAGCAUUAAAACGCUCGCUGAACUCCUUUGGAAGGCCCCAGCACUCAAUGAACUGCAUAUACACUCAAGAGUGACCGAUUUUGACCGAUUUUUCUGCAGAAGCAGCCCUGAAGCCGAAGAAUCGUGUUGGUUGCAGAACCUUUUACCAGAGCUCGAACUUCUCUCUUUCGAGUUUACACAGUGUCGGGCUAAUUCAAAUGGGAGCGCUAUCGCUCAACUUCUGAAGUCCGGGUGGGCGAAAUUACCGUAUAGGAACGGAAAACCCUCCCGCUUACGAAUCUCAUUCGAUGCCGACAGCAGAAACAAUGACGGGUACACGUCGCCAGUCGUUACGGCAGAAGAGCUCGAGGAGAUUAAGAGGAGCAAUCUUAUUCGGGAAAUGGAGGAACUCUCCUCGGCAAGUGACGAACACACCACCAUUGAGCUUCGGUUGCCUACUGUUGGAGAUAAAAAGAGAGACAGUUACAGAUAUUUAUGGGAUGCGGAAGACCUACCGAGGUGGGACGAGGUUAUGGGCUUCCUUGAGCCAACCUGA